AGAUCUUGUUUCGUUAUUAUAAACGUAUCGCCGGUAUUUUUGUUCGCAUCGUUGAAAACCGUCCCACCUUGCCGUUGGAGUGUCUCGUUAAGGAAAUCGACAUCGUUUUUAUAAUUUCAACUUGAAUGAUUCAGAGGGAGCACUUACGGAUAAGCUGACAUCUCGCUGUUAGACAGCUUGAGCCGCGCUACGUGCCAGUGUCACCCACGUGUGUUGCACGUGCCUCGGCACAACAGUUGCAGGAGACCUCGAGGGACGCCCUAGACGUUCGUAGGCGUUACUUCGAAGCGACCCCAGUUACGUAAUGACCACCGGUUUUCGCUACACGCGGUCGCUCUCAGUGCAAAGAGACGGCGGACUUCCGAGGUCGCAUCGAGGGCGCAAGAAACGUGGCUGAAUGCGACCGCCUCUCCUUACCAGGCGCUGUUCUAAUCCUGCCCACGAACGCCCGACUGAGAAGCCGGAACAUAUCGAAACAUUGACGCUACCUGUUCCAGAUACCUCUCCCGUAAAGAAUUAUAUCGCGGGAAGACAAUGGGUGUGUUAAACAAAAUUUGACAGCCAGCUCUAUAUUCUAUGCCCCCUUUCUGGAUCUCGGACCACUGUGAGCAAUCUCUUUCACAAAUAUUUCUUUAACUCUGAAUCGAAGUGUCCCAGAAGCAAUCUUUCAGACAGAAAUACGUACGGCAUGGGCUAAGGCAGUAACUUGAAGUUUUUUAUCCUUUGUCGCAUUACAUUAGUAAAUAUAUUCGCUCGCAGUUUUUCCGAUUCUACUUCUAAGCUGCUCCUCCUCGUGUAUACUUGGCAUAUAUUUGAGAGCGCGAUAGGACAUCUAUCCAUCGUUCCAGUGACAAGGGUAGAUAUAUGCCAAGAUGCACAAUCCUCUCCUGCGCGUAAAUGCGAGCGUUCCGCGAAAGUUUAUACCUUUGCUAACAUUUUCUCGACACGCUGUCGUUGCCACCGUUAGUCAUGGCACUAGGGGCAAACGUUCCGUUCGCUCGAAAACAGGUCGCGUUGAAUAGUGCAGCUCGUCUGCGGUUAGACGUGUUCACCAAUGAUCUAUAUCGGGACUAAAAUCAUUUUAUGCGACGCUUCCAGGGCGUUGAGAAAUCUCCGGCAGCGCUAUCUCAUUGGUAGUCCGCUGAUCCGAAAUGCCGGGUGCCGUUUAAUCGGCGUAAUUGUGUUCCUCUACGUAACCAUCCAGAGGCCACCGAUGCUAUACCGGGAGCACGUUCUGCAUUCCCUGCUGCCCAUGCGUAGCUGCGCCCAUCUCUCCGCCGCCCCACUCCCGAGAAACCCGGAAGCGAGAGAGCAGAUAUUUUUUUCUCGCGCGCGUAACAAUCUCGCCGUGUCUCGCGGAGGGAAUCGCGAAGCACGCGUUUCCCCGAAGCGGAAGAUGCGAAUCGAUAUCGGCUCGUAAACAACGCACACACACACACACACACAACCGCGCACACGAGAAGCUCACCGAAGCGGUGUAGCGGACCCGCAAUUAAGCGCUGACAAAGGCCAAUCUUUGAAGGGCCGCCGUGUUUGCGUGGAGUUGAAAGAAAAGAGAAGCAGUGCGAAAGAGAGCCCGGCGGAUUGACAACAAGCCCGUGUUCCGUUUCGCGUCGCUUCGCCUUUUGAGCGGUGAAGCCCCCCCUACGGCACCACUUCCUCGAGCGAGGAGGCGGCCGCUGGAGAAGCCGUGCCUUCGCCCUCCUCGCGACGUCUUUCCCGCGCCGCCGCCGCCCUCCGCUCCUAACUGUCGCAAUGUAGCGGUGUCGUCUGCUUCCCUGCCACCGUCCGAACGAGCUGGCCCAUCUGUGCCCCCCGCAAACGUGGCCCCCCUUCGUCCGAGAGAUGCCCUGAAUAUCGUCCACGCGACGCCGGAACGGGCUACGCGGCCCCCGUGCAUGGCGGCGGGGACGGCCGUUUCGUCGUGCCGGUUCACGGACGACGACCGUGGUGGUGCCGCUGGUGGUGGUGUCGGUGGUGGUGGUGGUGGUGGUGUCGGUGGUGGCGUUACCACCUGGGGGGAGUCGAGGAGAUCGCCCCCCACACAAAUCGAGAUUAUCCCAUGCAAAGUGUGCGGCGACAAGUCUUCUGGAGUUCACUACGGCGUGAUCACGUGUGAAGGCUGCAAGGGUUUCUUCAGGAGAAGCCAAUCAAGCGUCGUGAAUUACCAGUGUCCCCGGCAAAAGAACUGCGUAGUUGAUCGUGUCAACAGGAACAGAUGCCAGUACUGCAGACUACAAAAGUGUCUCGCACUAGGAAUGUCUCGAGACGCGGUCAAGUUUGGCCGCAUGUCCAAGAAGCAGCGGGAGAAAGUGGAAGAUGAGGUGCGCUUCCACCGGGCGCAGCUGGUGCGUCCCCAGGCGGUGGCCUCGACGGCCGCCGCCACGUCGACGCAGCCCGCGCAGCAGGCCACCGAGACGUCGCCCGACAGCUCGGUGUUUGACCAGCAGCAGACGCCCUCCUCCUCCAACCAGGUCGUGCCCUUCCUCAACGGAGGGUACCCUUACUCCGAGGAACUGGCUUCGUACACGCCCAACGGGUACGCGUACGCGGCCACGCCCACCAUCGCGUUCGAGAUGAGCACCGACUACGUGGACAGCACCACCUUCGAGCAGCGCCAGCAGCUGGACUCCACGGCGGACACCAAUGGUCUGCUCUCCACCACCACGCCUGUCGCGGUGCCCGCCUCCUCGCUCGCCUCGCACCUCGAAGAUUCAGAUUUGAAAUCGGCCUCCCAAGAAGAUCUGCUCGCGAAGACUGUAUCGGACGCGCACAACCGCACCUGCCUCUACAGCACGGAACAGAUACAGGAGCUGACGAGGAAGCCGCUAGACAUCUCUCGCGUCAUGCUCUACAAAAACAUGGCACACGAGGAGCUGUGGCUUGAUUGCGCGCAGAAGCUUACACAGAUCAUCCAGCAGAUAAUCGAGUUUGCCAAGAUGGUACCUGGAUUCAUGAAGCUCUCCCAGGAUGACCAGAUCGUUCUUCUGAAAGCAGGGAGUUUUGAGUUGUGCAUACUGAGGAUGAGCAGGUACUUCGACGUCGCGACGGGAUCGGUGCUCUACAACGACAGUCUGCUUCCGAUGGACGCUUUCAUCACGCAAGAAACCCAAGAGAUCAAGCUUGUAAAUAAUGCCUUCAACUUUGUGCGGAGCAUAGCCGAGAUGAAGCUGACAGAAACGGAACUGGCGCUCUACUCGGCCUACGUGCUGCUGGCUCCAGACCGGCCGGGCCUGAAGGGCGUCUCGGAGAUCCAGCGGUUGAACGCGGCCAUCCUCAAGUCCCUGCGCUACGAGCUGGGCAAGACGCACGAGCAGCCGUACAAGGGCGACGUGAGCGCCUUCGACUGCCUGCUCGCCAAGCUGCCCAGCCUGCGCGAGGUCAGCCUACUGCACAUGGACGCGCUGGCCAAGUUCCGCCGCACCGUGCCCCACCUGGAGUUCCCCGCCCUCCACAAGGAGCUCUUCUCCGUCGACAUCUGAGGAGCAUCGUUCUCGACGACGAGUUCAUCCUGCGGUGCAGAAGGCCUCUCUCGACUCCGUCAUCAUCCGGCCGUCGCUCGCCCCGCCGUCGCAGCAGCGCUCGCUUGGUGCUCGCUUCACUGUGAAGCUUGUCUGGCUGCGGGGAAAGCCUAGCUUAUAGGGCUGUGCUGGGCAGCACCGGCUGCUUGCCCAGACGACGGCCGGGGCUGCCCCCUGUGCGGACGUUGGUUUCAGGCAACCCGCUGGAAACGGUCGUGUCUUCUCCGGAGCAGUUCGGGGCACUCUUGGUUCAAGUUUUCACCUUGGUAGCUCGCCGGCAAGCGUGCUUGCUUUUUACCUGGGGAUCGGUGCCCGUUGUAGCUGCUACGUGCCCGGGAUGAGCCCGCUGCAGUGUGCCUUUCGACCCCAACUUAGUGGACUUCGGAAAGACUUUUGAAAUGUCCCGCUGACUUUGAUGCACAUGACGUAGCUUUGAGCAGCGGACCGAAUGAUGCCGUCUGCAUCCCCACCCUCACAUGUUGCAACUGUACGCUGCCGGCAUGCGUCCCAACAAACGACCCCGGCUUUGGCUACGCCGGGAUAACACAUGUUUUGGCAUGACCAGAGCGGUUUCCUUUCUUGUUGUUUUUUUCGUCUAAUUUUAUAUUGUCAUUUCAAGAAAUGCGACGCUGAUCCAACGCGGCGUCAGGCGCCAACUCGUGGCUGUUGUAUGGUGCGCUAGUUUAGCACUGUCGGUGGUUGUGUGCCUCUGGUCACCAACUUCGUAGCUGAGGUGCUUUCCUCCUCGGUAUUUGCGCGAAAAAUGUCCGUGCUGAUGUGCGAAACAUCAAUCUGACAAAAUGGCAGCUGUGCUGGAAGCACGUUCUUGAGUGGCAAUUGCCUCAUGAUAUCAGCGUUGUUUCUGCGAUUUAUUACCCGGCGGCAAAGGCAACGUUAGAAUGCUGUGGGAUGUUCUUACGGAAGCUGAUUUUGCUUCUGCUGAUAAGGGAACUACCGGAGAAGACACAUCGUUCUCAGGAGCCCCCUUUUCCCUGUCCGCCUCGUUAAUAGCAGGCUUAAAAGAUUAUUUCUAUCUGUUGCUCUUAUGUUCGGAUAAGUGCUUUCCCUUGAAGAGAUGUUAUGCAAAAUUUGAAGCUUGCUAUGAGUGUCGGGGAUUACAGGAUGAAUUGCUGUCGUAGCUUAAGGACCACUAAUCUGCAUGAACUCUGGUCGAUCUUCUUUUUUGUUGAGAAUACAGCUGAUUGUUCAGGCCUGUUUGAUUUUGUACAUGUCUUUGGCGUAUCUGAGCCUGUUCAGUUGACAGUGGCUUGGUGUGCUCAGUGCUGUUUGGUUGUAAUGAAUUUUCUUUCAAAUUUAGUAGAAAAGCGUGUGACACUAGGUGUCUUUUUUUCGUUUAACUUGUGCGUGCGCAAACGAGAUAAAUCAGGACAAAUUUUCAUUUUACACCUCCCCUGUACCAAUAUGAGUUUGCAAAGAGAAUGGAGGUUGCUUAGUCAAUAUUGUAUUCAAGCUCGGAUCCUUUCUUCUACCAAGAAACAAUCGUUAUUUUUUUUUCCAUUCAAGAGUCGUGCAAGUUCUUUCGUCCGCUUGGCGUAGUCAGCAUAUUUCUUUCUGUCUUCGUGACGAGCGUUGACGCAGACCUCUAGCUCAAAAACCAGCCGAGGCUCCUUCGAAGGCAGCGUACUUUUUCGUCGUUACCAUUACGUCAUCCUAGCGUAGCUCAGAAGGCCGAGUCAGCCAUCGGAUCACGUUCACAGCUCGAGCACCGCGUAUCGCCGCCAUCUUGUUUCAUUUCCACUCGCAGUUUCCCAAAUCGACAACACUGCCACCAAUUUUUCUGGUCGAUUGUGGGGGGCCCCAUGUGCAACUUGCAGCUAUCGCAAAAAGUGCGUACGGUGUGGCGUCGACUGGGCGCGUCGAGAGAAAGGCCGUACCAUGAUUGUAGUGUUGUAGUGUGUCCGCCAACGGAGACAGUUGUUGGUUAUCGUGCACAAAGCAGUUGAGGAACGCGGCUGGUCGUUUCCGAGCCCGAAGGUGAUGGUGCUUUCUUAAUUACGGAGGUCGAGGCGCAGCGGUGUGACAGACACGGAGAGGGAACAAAGAAUCACAUGGUGGUGCGGUUUCGGAUCAACGCUUUGUCCCUAGAGCGCGUUGUUGAGAUUAUUGACCUCUUUCUUAACUUGUUCCUUUCCCUGUUCCCUCGCUUUCGCGCAGACGUUGUUCGGUGUCGGGCGUUUUCUUGUUAAGCCAUUCGUGUUUUCACAAGUUCUUGUCCUCGCUGUAAGAGAGGUAAAAAAAUCACGUGCUAACUCCGCGGAAGAAGGUCAAAAAGAAGCUCGGGCACAUACAGAAACACAGAAAACAGACGCAAAUACACGCACACACACGCAAAGAUUACGAGGCAAAACCUAGCGCUGUACAUAAGGAAUCAUUACCAGGUAGACAUGUCGCGAAGCUCAUCCAAGAAAUUUUGUUUGUAUUAUCUUUUUUUUUGACGCUGGGAGGCCGUAUACGUCCGCUUCCCAGGUAAUCAUACACGGAGAGAAAGAGAAUGAAUAAAAAAAAAGAACAGAAGCUGAGCGAGAGAAGCAAUAAUGUGAUAUCUUACACGACACCCCGUAUUAUAUACAGAGGAAACACGAAGAGUUCUGGGCUGCCCCUUGUACAUAAUGCGCACCUUCGCGACCGGUCGAUCUCCAUAGAUGUGUAAUUACUACCAUUUUUAUUAUAAUAUUAUUAUUACGAUAUAUUAUUGUUCCCUUUUCAUGCGACGAUACACUAACCGUAUUUCUGCGGGCCCCGUUUCGAAAGCCUCUACGUCAGUGCCGUUUGUCCUGUGUUCUCGAAUCCUGUUUUGUCUGCUUCCUUGUUGACAACGCCCCGGAGAGCCGGAGGUUGUGCUCGUCUCUGUUCUCGGUCGUCUGCUCAGGGACGCCAACGCGCCCGUGUCGGGCGUUGCGAUCGGUGCUAGGGGGUUGCCAGGCGCUCGCGCACACUUCUCGUCAUGUGUGGUGGAGCACGUGCCUUGCUGCUCUCGCCCGCCGGGCGGGCUCGCCGAGAGCGUCGCCGCCAUGUUUGUUCUUGUUCUGCCGCGACGGACGUAGUAGUCAGGAGAGCCCUGCCGGUAAAGUCCACUGUAGCUCGCUGUGAAGUCUCUUCUGCACGCGAACACUUCACGCACGUGUUUGUUUGCCGGGACGCUUUCACGGCGGAAUAGAGCGAUAUCGGCACAUCCAUAGCGCAUGCGCAGUUCAGCACCAUGGUGCCUGUAUUUACCACUACAUUUCCCGCUGUACCUACGCUGAAAGCAACAUUAAGCUCUUAGUUAAAGUGUUGGUGGUUAGUGCUUGCCUGCCCUUCACUGUCACAUUGCCCACCUAAAAUAAUAGUGCCCAGCCUAGCUUGAGUAAAGCGCUGACGAGCUGCAUUGGGAACCUGAAUGCAGAUUA